ACUUGGUGGAAGCCGCAUCGAGAGCAGCAGAGAUGUCUUCCGAGAAAGCAGGACUCCCGGAUUCUGCCCCCCACACCUCUCCCCCGCCGUACAAUGCCCCUUCACAGCCCCCUCCCCCACCCCCACAGGAUGCCCCCAUCCCCGGUUACAGUGACAUCUCUGCCACCACCGUGCACUCGGGCACCGCCACGCUGCCCCGACUCGGAGGGGCUGCCACCCUCCCUCGCCCUCCCCCUUCCUCCGCCACCCUCCCACGUCCGCCUCGCCACCAUUCGGCCACCCUGCCCCGCCUUCCUCCCGACCCGUACAUGCAGGAGACCCAGUUCAACGGCGCACCCCAGGGCUACGUCGUCCAGACGCACCCGCCUGUGGGGACCCUGCCUAUCGGUGGGUAUAUGCACCCGGGGUAUCCUGUCCAGCUGCAGCCCUGCACAGCUUAUGUACCCGUCUACCCUGUCGGAGCGCCAUACCCCCAGGGCAACCCUCCUCCUCCACCGGCUAUGUCUCCAACACAGGUGACACCUGGCAUUGCCAUCCUGGAACCGCGUCGCCCGCCGCAUGAUUACCUUCCCAUCGCUGUCCUCACCACCAUCUGCUGCUUCUGGCCCACGGGCAUCAUUGCCAUAAUCAAGGCGGUACAGGUGCGGACUGCAGUCGCUCGCGGUGACAUCGUCUCGGCAGAAAUCGCCUCGCGGGAGGCCCGCAACUUCUCCUUCAUCAGCCUGGCGGUGGGCAUCGCCGCCAUCGUUCUGUGCACCAUCCUCACUGUGGUGAUCAUUAUCGCUGCCCAGCACCAUGACAACGACUGGGACCCCUAGCGACCAAUCGAGGCGUUGUUUUCGGCCUACUCCUGUACCACCCCGGCAACUGGUGACAACUGCCCUGAAAUCCCUGGCAACCAUCUCUCCCAAGGAUGGUCCUUGG